GUGACUCGAAUGCACCACCGCUCGGUCUGACAGCUAAACACUUGAAGCGGGUAAUAUUGGACUUGUGCUCGAGUGAUAUUACCAGCGUUAACUUGUUGUGGAAAUAUCCACUGGAUUUUACGUAGUAUUGGACGAAAGCAAUGAAAACUGUUCCUUGAGACGUGAAUGACAGCACAAGCUCUUAUCUGUGAAAAGAUUCCAACACAAAGAAUGGAGUACGGAUAACCCUUCAGACCUCGAAUAAUGGCCACAGCCAUGAAAGCUCACAGUAGAAGUAGAAACAAACAGAACCUCCCGAGGUUCCACAGCCCGUAUGGCCCAAGGCCCCUCACGCACAUAGGCUUUGAACAGGCCCGGCAUCUCAACCCAGAGAGACUCCCCACGCCCAGCCGAGAGAAGGCGGUGUCCGUGCGACUCCUUGAGGUCAGCAAAGACACCCUGGACCAGGUUCAGAGGCUCUCGGACACCGUCAGACGUCUGACCAUCAACGGCAUGAAGCUGAAGACAGUUCCCGAGACACUCGUGGGCUGUCUGAUCCACCUGGAGAAGUUGGACCUCGGGAACAACAGCCUCGGGGACACCGGUUUCCCUGAUAGCAUGAAGACGCUGGAGAACCUCCAGGAACUUCGACUGAAUGACAACCACCUGACCAAGAUUCCUCCUUGUCUUAAAAGGUUGAAGAACCUUUGCAGAAUCGACCUCAGCAACAACAAGUUGGAGAGCUUGAAAGGUUUGGAGAAGCUGAGAAGGAUUCAGAUCUUGGUUGUGGACAAUAACAAUCUUGGUGCGGUGUUCAAAGACAUUGGGCAUAUGCGGAGGUUGGAGAUUCUGCGCUGUAGCGACAACAGUAUAAGAGACGUGACCAAUGACAUACGCAACCUCAGGAUGUUGAAUGACCUAGAUAUAUCCAAUAAUAAAGUGUCAGUUCUUCCUACUGAUGUGUUUCUGUUGCCCCAGCUGGAGGCAUUGAACGCUAGUCAUAACCAGGUAACCAAGGUGCCCACAUUCACCGUGAAGGUCCAGAGCAGGCACCUGAUCAGUGAAAUUGAUCUCGCGGGUAACAAUCUGACAAAGUUCCCCGGUCAUCUGUUAUUCAUGUGUAAGAAACUCGACCUCGGCAGCAACAAACUGAAAGUGCUAUCAUGGAACAUUAUCAAAAAGUUGGAAUGGAAUACGGACCAGGAGUUGGUGUUGGAGGGGAACCCCCUCACGUACCCACCCUCAGAUGUAUGUGAGUCUGGUCUUAGGUCUAUAAUGCAGUAUUUCCAGGAGUCACAGGCAGAGGCUAAAGUCUUCCAAGGAAUAAAAAUUCUGCUACUUGGGUCACACAAGAGUGGUAAGACAAGCUUCGUUCAUUCUUUGGUCGACGGGCAACCGCGGAUCGCAGAGGAGGUAUUUGAGAGUUCUGCUGGAGUUGAUGCCUAUGAAACCAGUUUUGACUAUGACGUUGAGCAAGGAAGACCGGGCAGGUCUCUGAAUCUGUGUAUUUGGGACUUUUGCGGUGACCCUUUCUACCUGUACCCUCAUUACAUCUUCUUUGAACUUCCUUCAAUCACGGUUCUAACUUUCAACAUGGCGGAAUACAAAAGCUCCAAGUUUGAGGAAAUGAUCGGGACUUGGUUUGACUGGAUGGUAGCCAAAACCAACAAACUGGUGGUGAUCCUGGUGGGGACGCACUGUGAUCUCAUCUCUAGGGACAGGGUCAAGGACAUUUCUACCGAGGUCCCAAAACAGCUGCAGGAGCAUCUGGACAAACAAAGACGAAUGGUCCAAGAGAGAAUCAAGGUUAUCGAGGAGAAGCCCAACAUCUCCCCAACGUUGUCCGAACAACUCAAGUCCUACAUGAAACUCCUUCAGGCCAAGUUCACAGUCCAGACAGAUGUGAUAGUCACCAGUUCGUUCAAAUACACAGGAUUUGACACCUUCCGCUCGGCAGUGGAGACUCUGGCCAGCGACGAGAAGUUGUUUCCCAACGUGAUGAGAGUGAUCCCAACGUUCUGGGUGGAGGUGGAGGCGUACAUAGAGGAAAGGGGGAACAGCAUGCCGGUGCCAAUCAUGACAUAUGAACAGUACACCGAGGAGAUAACGUCCAAGUUUGGGAUGAAACAUCUCAUUGAGGAAAUAUCACGCUACCUCCAUGACACCGGCAAGAUCAUCUGGUUCUUCCAGAUCCCUACUCUGAAGCAGUACGUGUUUGUCCGACCGCUCUGGCUCUUCGACAUCUUUAGACAGGUGUUCAGACACGACAUCAGCGAGAAAUAUGGCUACCAUGCUGAUGACAAUUUCAAAAACGUUGGCAUCAGUCCUGUGAGAUUUGAACGGCUUAAACAGGAGGUUUUAACUGAAGGGGUUGUCGAUAGGGACUUUCUCAAGGGGGUGCUGCUUUACCACCUCCCGAACAACUUCAUUGCAAGCUUCAAUCAAGUCCUGCACCUGUUGACUGAAGCGUUAGAAAUCGGCUACCCUGUGAGUAAAGGGUCGACUGAGAAGACCUAUUCCCUAGUGUGCGAGCCAGACGAAGAAGGGAAGAUCCGGAUAUCCAAGCUUCUGAUUCCGUGGUUCAGAAAGUCUGGCGAACCUAACGAGCUUCGUGAACAGUGGGAGGGCAUUGCGAACAGAAGGAAGGUGGCUGUGCUGUUCCAGUUCCCGCACUAUAUGCCCCCAGGUAUGUUCGAACUCCUUUGUGUGCGCGCACAUAGAGAAAAACAUAAACUGAAGUUUUUGUCGCAUUGGGGCGGAGGGAUACACGCACUACACAAGGUUCAUUCCAUGCGGGUGUUGAUUAUGUACUGUCAGUCCCGGGCGGAGGGAGACGGGGUGGUGCUGAGGUUUGAGGUCCGUGACGACAGCCCCGGCGAGGACCAAGUGCCUGCCUCUACCAUGUGGAACACCCUCCUGCCUCUCAUCCUAGACUUUGAAGAAAUCAUCAAGAGCUACCUCGGAGUGUGGGUGGAGCGCCUGGUGGAGUGUCCAAUGUGUGGGGACCCGUCCUUCAUGGGAGAGUGGCUCACGCCCAAGGAUACGCAGAGUCUUCCCACAAAGCCUUGCGAGACUUGUGGCCAGCAAGUUGACACAUCACUUAUCGUGCAGCCUCGCGAGAAGAAACGAGACGACGUCCUCCUAAUGCUAAGAAGACGUACCGGGCGACGUCGCGGAGCCGCUGUGACGCAAGACAUCGAUGCCAUAUCCAAGAUGGCGCCGCCCAAUCCGAGACGCGUGGCAAUUGUUAUGCCGGAACUAGAAAUACAAGAGGGACUGAGAGGCUUGUUGGGGUCACGUGACUCUGUAACGUCACUAGCAAGCGACAACUGACCAGAAUUGAAAUGUUGCUUUUUGUUUAUGUGUUAUACCUAUCGCAGAAACUAACGCAAGCAUAUGUACACCUGUCGGCUAGGUACAUUGUGAAAAAUUUGAAUUUGGACGCCAACACCCUAUAUCCCAAAAACUGUUGACAUUUGUGGAACCUCCCUUUCCAAACAUUCCUUCUGUCCUGUGACGGCUAAUUAUUCUUAAUCCUUUCUUUCCUUGGAUGUUUCUAGACUUUUGGCUGAUUUGGAUACCGUUGGAUGGAAUCGGGCCUUACUUUGGAAUGCAUGAACAUGUGUGAUAUUUGUAUUAAUAGAAAACAAAGUGGUAUUUUUGUCGUGAAGGGUCGUGAUAUAGAAUUAAGGUGUUUGUGCAGUGUUACAUGUCCCGAAGUUACGAAUUCCGAAUCCAAAAUCUCACAAACACGCACACACACACACACAAAAAUAAAAAACACACGCACCCACACAUACACACCAGAGACCAUACACCACACCUUUUUCAUGAAAAAACAUAAUACCCUAGAUCCACUUCUGAUCGUGGACGCUGUUGGUGUAGCGUUCUCUCAUUAUCAGCUAUUACGAACCAGUUCUUCUGAAAGUUAGGUUCAGUGUUGCUGUCAAGAAGGAAAUACAGUUUGUCGUUCAUACUUUCACAGUUAGCUGUAUCUACAAUAAGCUGGUAUCACUGAGUAGAAAUACACAUUAAUUCUGUUGUAUAAGGGGCGGUCGGGGAGCCAAGUGGUCAAAGCGUUCGCUCGUCCCGGGUUCGAUUCCCGUCAUGGGUACAAUGUUUGAAGCCCAUUUCUGGUGUCCCUCGCCGAGAUAUUGCUUGAAGAUUGCUAAAAGCGGCGUAAAACCAUACUCACUCACUCAUUUGUAUGAAAUAAGGAUGGGAAUUACUGAGAUUAUCGAAUGAAAUAACAUGUCCGGUGACGUCGAUGCUACUGACAUUCACUUAUAGUUCUUUUUAUGAGAAACAAAUACAUCAAAACCGAACACUGCAGUUGGACUUCUUGUAACUUACCUGUCUCCCUUUUAACUUUGAAUUACUGACAGGCAGCGUUCGGAACAAAGACGGUGUCAUGUCAGAGAGACGACAAGAGGCAUGCAUUUUGUUUUUUGGACAUCUGUACUUGAGUGCGAUGUGUUGCUGUACUGAAGAAAUCUAGUGCUUUAAUGGUUAUAAUAUUUAUUUAUUUUCGUCUUAACUUACUUGCGUGUCCUACUGUACACGUUGACGAAGUGCUUGGUCACAGAGCGUGCUAUUGAACACUAUCAUAAUAAACAACCAUCUUGUCCAUAUAUAAAGCAUCUUCCCGAGGCAAGGUAGUUCAAUGACUAUUAAAGUCCAGUUUCCACCCUUGCCGAACUAAGCUGGCAUUUCGUGGCUUGGGCGUAGCGCCACUCGUGUCAUAUACGAGUUAUUUCAACCCUGUGUCCUCCUAUUGACCAAUCCACCUCUCAUAUCACUUGCAUUUGCUUCAAACAAAAUGGCGGCGCCCAGUCUGAUCGAUAUUCAAUAUCUUUAUUGAAUAAGACGGGUCUAACUUCAGAUCACUUGUGCAAGUUGAUUAAAUAUGAAAAUACAGGUAAAUAUCUGUCGACACCCAGUUGAAAGCACACAUGCUUUGCAAAUCAUGUAAUUGACCGACAUCCGCAUGGUACUCGCCAUGUUGUUCACGAACCGGAUGUGGAUCUCUUUACGCGGUGUUUGAUUUGACUCUGCAAACACUCGUUAAGCCAGCCAAAAUAUAACUCAGAAAUUCCAAUCAAUUUUGGCAAGCGCGGUAACUGGACAUUUAUAUUCAGGUCACUACCCUGCCUCGGAAGAUGUAUACAAAGAUGUACUUUGGGUAGAUAGAGUUCGUAAAUAUAUCAUUUAUAAACUUGUUAAACAUUUAUCAAAGUACUUGUGUCACGGAUAAUGCUUGGAGACUCGUUUAUCCGAAUCUUUCUGAGUAACGAGGUUUCACUGAAAAGUAGUCACGUGUCAGCUACUGCUUACAAAUUUUGCCAACUACUUAUUUUUUUUACACAAAGUUAGUUUCGUCCCUUGAAAGAAAUAAUCCUGUAAAAUUGCCAAUGCUUGAUGAAAAGGUCUGUGCCUUACGUUUACAAAAUAUAUCAUUUGAAUAAACAUUGUACACUAUUGAAA